ACCGUACCUAUUUAGUUGGGCGUCUCAUCAACAAUAAAGUUAUGGCAGAUAAAUGCAGGAAGCAAACCUCCACUGGAGUUCAUCCAAAAUCAAAGCGAGCACAUCAACACCAAAAAGCAAAACCAGGGAAAGGUAUACUCUUCAUUCUAGUGACAACAAUUCUUGUAGAGUUUAUCCGAGCUGUCAAUAAAACAUUUUACGAAGAGGAAGAAAGUGAGGAGGUUUGUUUUGUCUCGAAAUUGGCGACAACAAAGUUGUCAGUUAAACAUGAUAUGAGCAAUGCUUCAAAGUUACAUUGGAUGUUGAGUGAUUUUCUCAAAAAUAUGUCAUGUGAACAUGGUUUGAAAAAAAUUGCAUCUGAGAUGAAUAUUCAACCAGAAGUUUUGUUGUACACAUACCCUGUGUAUGGUCCCGGGGUUGGACCAGCUAUUGACCUUUUCCUGUCACAGUCACCGGCUGAUACACCUUCUUGCCAGGAGCUCAUGACCAAUGAGUACCUACGACUUUGUACCUUUCACAACUAUCCAGCUUUCAAAAGAGUCAGCUGCUUACUAUUGGCCAGGGCUGGAUUCUAUUACAAUGGUAACCAAGAUGAAGUCACAUGCUAUUCUUGUAAUAAGAGUAUCUCUGGAUGGACCAAUGCAUCUAAUCCAUACUUGGUUCACAAGGAAUAUUCUCCAAACUGUAACCAUAUGCGCUCCAUGUUUGACAUCUCCCCAGCAGCAUCUCGAAGUAGUGCAACAGGAAUGGUGUGUAACAGUAUGUCAACUCAAGCAGCCACAGCAGCAGCAGCAGCAUCUAAUAGUGCAACAACAGCCAAUACCAGCAGUACAGAGAGGAAAUCUGACACUGGGUAUAAUACCGAGUCUGUAGGUGAUGCUGGAGAGACGGCAGGUUUUAAGUUUGGUGGUUUAGUGCCUAAAGCAGACAGAUCACUGACCUCCCAUACUGAUGAAACAAGAUCAUCUGUCUUCAGUGAAAGAAAUAGCACAACCAGUAGUAACAACUCGUUGCUGCCUACCCAGAGUGCACAAAGCAACCUACCUAGUAGUAACAACUCUUUGCUGCCUACCCAGAGUGCACAAAGCAGCAUACCUAGUAGUAACAACUCUUUGCUGCCUACCCAGAGUGCACAAAGCAGCAUACCUAGUAGUAACAACUCUUUGCUGCCUACCCAGAGUGCACAAAGCAGCAUACCUAGUAGUAACAACUCUUUGCUGCCUACCCAGAGUGCACAAAGCAACCUACCUAGUAGUAACAACUCUUUGCUGCCUACCCAGAGUGCACAAAGCAGCAUACCUAGUAGUAACAACUCUUUGCUGCCUACCCAGAGUGCACAAAGCAGCAUACCUAGUAGUAACAACUCUUUGCUGCCUACCCAGAGUGCACACAGCAGCCUACCUAGUAGUAACAACUCUUUGCGGCCUACCCAGAGUGCAAAAAGCAGCCUUUCCAGUAGCAACAAGAAUUCUCUUUCGGGUCAAAGUCGGAGUAGCAGCAUAUCCAGCGGCGUUCAGGAUACAGCUACGCCUGUGAACAAUUUUAGUCAACCAACCAGCAGUCCUCUUGCAGUAGCUGCGCCAGUUGCUGGCUUCAGAGGAACAGCUGAUCUACAGAGGUCAAUAGCCUAUUAUCCUGAUUAUGUAUUAGAAAAUGACAGGCUGAAAACCUUUGAACGAUGGCCGAGUGAUAUUAACCAGACACCAAAACAGAUGGUUGUUAGUGGAUUCUUUUAUGCUGGUUAUGAAGACUGUGUCCGCUGUUUUCAAUGUGGAAUCGGUCUGCGUAACUGGGAACCGCCAGAUAAUCCUCAUGUAGAACAUGCACGAUGGUCUCCGAGAUGUGCUUUCCUACUACAAGUAAAAGGCCAGGAUUUUAUAAACCUUGUUUUGGAUGCUGUCGCUCAGCUUGAGAAUAAAAAAAGAAUGUCUGAAGCAAUGCCGUCAAAAGAUUCGGAGACCCGAACCUCCAACAAUAACACAGUGGCCACAACAUCUACAGCUCAACAGCAACAAAAAGCAUCUGGAUCCAGUCAAGGAAACACCACUCCCUCAAUCACUCAAGGAACUCCAAUGUCGUCACCGAAUCCUACAUCCACAACAUCUCAAUCCGGAACAGCUACAUCUUCCUUUCCAUCCCCAAAAGCUGCAGCUGCUGGAAAAAACAAAACUGGGGCUGAAACAGCUAGCACAAAACACAGCCUCAGUUUAGAUAACAUGAGCACCGAUAAAGUUGCAUCUAAAGCAAAUCUAGACAAGACAAAAGGUGUUGUCGAUCUGAUGGAAUCUGAUAUGAUCAUUGGAUUGAUAAAAGAAGGAUAUGGCAAGGAAAAUGUUAAAGCAGCAGUGAGAUUUCUCAUGGAUACAAAAGCUGCCGAUGAGAUCACUAAAGAGAUGGUGCGUAAUGUCAUAAGGAAGAACACAGCAGCAAGAACUAAACAGUUUGGCUUGUCUGGAGGUGGUAAAACAAAAGAACCACUAAGUGAAGAACUUAAGCACAUCAAAAGAGAGAAUAGAGAGAUGAGGGAUAGAACGGUGUGCAAAAUUUGCUUGGAAGAUGAGGUGUCCAUAGCUUUUAUUCCAUGUGGUCAUUUAGUGGCCUGCAGCAAUUGUGCACAUGCGCUCACGAAAUGUGCUGUGUGUCGUAAACCCAUCUCCAAUAAAAUCCUCACUAAUAUGGAUGUAUAAACUCUUCAGCUUUUAUGGCUACAUGAACAUCUACUAAUAAUGUUUCAAUCAUUGUCUUUUUUAGCCCACCAUCAUCAGAUGGUGGGGUAUUCAAAUCGCCCUGCGUCCAUGGUCUGUCGUCCGUCCGUCCGUAAACAAUUCUUGUUACCGCUAUUUCUGGAAAAGUACUGGAUGGAACUUCUCAAAUUUCAUAUGCAGGUUCCCCUUGGUCCCUAGUUGUGCAUUGUACCUUUUUUGGAUUAAUUCGAAUUCAAGAUGGCCGACAGGUGGCCAUCUUGGAUUUUGGAAGUAAAAGUUUGUUACCGCUAUUUAUGGAAAAGUACUGGAUGGAUCUUUCUCACAUUUCAUAUGCAGUUUCCCCUUGGUCCCUAGUUGUGCAUUGUUCCUUUUUUGGAUUGAUUCGAAUUCAAUAUGGCCGACAGGUGGCCAUCUUGGUUUUUGGAUGUAAAAGUUUGUUACUGCUAUUUCUUGGAAAGUACGGGAUGGAUCUUUCUCAAAUUUCAUAUGCAGGUUCCCCUAGGUCCCUAGUUGUGCAUUGUAUCUUUUUUGGAUUGAUUCGAAUUCAAGAUGGCCGACAGGUGGCCAUCUUGGAUUUUGGAAGUAAAAGUUUGUUACUGCUAUUUCUUGGAAAGUACUGGAUGGAUCUUUCUCAAAUUUCAUGUGCAGUUUCCCCUUGGUCCCUAGUUGUGCAUUGUAUCUUUUUUUGACUGAUUCGAAUUCAAGAUGGCCGACAGGUGGCCAUCUUGGAUUUUGGAAGUAAAAGUUUGUUACUGCUAUUUCUUGGAAAGUACUGGAUGGAUCUUUCUCAAAUUUCAUGUGCAGUUUCCCCUUGGUCCCUAGUUGUGCAUUGUAUCUUUUUUUGACUGAUUCGAAUUCAAGAUGGCCGACAGGUGGCCAUCUUGGAUUUUGGAUGUAGAAGUUUGUUACUGCUAUUUCUUGGAAAGUACUGGAUGGAUCUUUCUCAAUUUUCACAUGCAGGUUCACUUUGGUUCCUAGUUGUGCAUUAUACCUUUUUGGACUGAUCCGAAAUCAAGAUGGCUGACAGGUAAAAGUUUGUUACUGCUAUUUCUUGGAAAGUACUGGAUGGAUCUUUCUGAUAUUUCAUAGAUAUUGGUUUCCCUUGGUCCCUAGUUGGGCAUUGUACCUUUUUUGGACUGAUUUGAAAUCAAGGUGGCCCACAGGCAGCCAUCUUGGAUGUCGUCAGUAAUACAGCACAAACAUAUUGUCCAUUAUCCACCUGUAACUGACUGCUAUCUAAUAAUACUUUGGGAUCUUUUUCAAAUGAUAUUUGCUAAUAGGUGCUUAAUAAAAAUAUCUUGUGCCAUCAUUGAGUACAUUCAAUGAAGACCAGUUCAUGAACAUUUACAACAACUGAAGCAAACAAACAAAAAUAAACAAAUAUUCAAGAACUGAAAACAGAUCCUCAAAUGGUGGGCGCCAAGAUCCCUCUGGGAUCUCUUGUUAGUUCAUGCUAAUGCACCAAAGCUAAUGUUAUGUGCAUUGUCUGUUAAUCUGACAUUAACACCUGAUGAGGGUUUUAUUUUUAAAAGAUGCCCUAUAGGUCUGUUCCCUAAGUUAAGACCAAUAACGUUUGUCCUUCGCAUCAGUAUACAUCAUGUAGCACUUGAUCAUGUAUUAACUAUCAUUAUUAUCAUUAUUGUCAUCAUAAUUAUGAAAAUUAAAAUGUGUCCAUUUUUUUCAUAUCAAUAUAUUAACACUCUUUCAAUCAGCGUAUCAGGCGGCCUCAUCACGUAUUUAUAGAUAUAUACCUGUGCGGUGUUAAAUAAUGAAUUUGUGUACUAUGAUAGAGGAAUGUUGUAUAAACAUUGAACUAUUGAUUCUUAAAACUAAAAGAUGGCGAAAUAUUUAAAUAAAUAUUAUAAAACAU